CCAACACACCAGCACUUAAACAUAAUUACCAUUCACUAGAAGCAUUUAUUAAACGUCAUUCUAUGGCUGUCGGCUCCUUGUUCGGAUCACGUCGGACACUGCAUUUGAUUCAUCACUACGUUUAUUGCUGAUCACAUUGCCACGCCUAUCAGUAUGGCAGCAUCAGUAUCGGAUCCAUUCGGUGAGAAUGCAACUUCUAUCAUCUGGACAACACCCGACUCAUCGACAGUAAUUUCUUUAAUGGCAGAAUCGUUGAAAUUUGCAAACAGAUAUAUUUUAACCGUUCUGUUAGCUUUUAUUAUGUUAGCAGUUGGAGCUGUGGUUACAGUGAACGACUUCAAAGUGACACUAAAAAAACCUGCGGGGUUAGCUAUCGGAUUCGUAUGCCAGUUCGGAAUCAUGCCGCUUGUUGCAUUUUCUCUGGCAAAUAUUCUUAAAGUUGAUGCAGCUCAUGCUAUAGGAAUGCUGGUAAUUGGUUGCAGUCCAGGUGGUGUGACGUCACAAAUAUAUACUUUCUGGAGUAACGGUGAUAUUUGCUUAAGUAUCUGCAUGACGACGGUAUCUACGCUGUCAGCUAUGGGCAUGAUGCCUCUGUGUCUAUGGAUAUACGGCAGGAGCUGGACGGAUGAAUCCGCCGUCAUCCCAUAUACCAGCAUCACCUUCUCUCUGGCUCUCAUCCUAGUUCCUGUUAUUAUAGGAAUGAUUAUUCGGCAUUACAAAGAAGAGUGGGCAAGACGCAUAACACUGGUGGGAAGCUUCACAGGUAUGCUUGCUCUCUCAGUCAGUGUAGUUUUAGGAGGUUUAUCUAACCCCAGUAUGUUCAAAGUACCAUGGACGGUGUGGUUUGCUGCCUCUGUAAUGUCACCAAUUGCGUUCCUCUUAGGCUACUUCAUUGCGUACCUGUUACGUCAGUCGCAAAAGAAAUGCCGGACCAUUGCUUUUGAAACCGGUUGCCAGAAUUCUGCACUAGCCUUGGUCAUUAUUGCCACCUCUUAUGCAGACAGUAAAGAUUAUUUUGACAUAAUGAUAUUUCCAUCUCUGUUUGGUGGAUUAUUACUAAUUAAUUCAUGUGUCACUGUACUAAUUUUAAGGUUGAUCGACCGGAAAAGAAAACCUGGGAUUGGAGGCGCAGAGGUCGUCGAGAUAACUGUCAGUUGUAAAGAUUCCGUUUAAAAAAAAAAGUCAAAUUACUGACAGUGUUGUAUUUCCUUUAUCUAAUAAUAAUCGGUAUAGAUACGAUAUGAUAUUAUACAAAAACAAUGGGUAUAAUUUCUCAGAGUAGACUCUUUGAACGUGCAGAUUAUCACAUAUCCAUUUUGCAAGUUCGGAGAUACUUUCCCAGAAUUUAGGCCUAUGUUUGGGUCCCACCCAUCUCAGCCCAUGUUAGUUUUAAAUGAAGUAAAACGACUGAAACUUGACCUUCUCAGACUUCAAAAUUGCUAUAAUUUCAUUUGAAAUAAUAAAUAUUUUUUUUAUAAUUAUAUUUGGGGGGUUUCUUUUGAAAAAGAUUUAUUCCGAGAGUCUUUCCAGUGGCCUAAGGUUAAAUUGAAUAUACAAACAAACGUUUGUAGAAUAUAGACCUUUAUGACAACACAUGCACUGGGAUAGAAAAUAUUGUUCUAAUUUAUUUAUUUAUUAUCUAUCACAAUCUUCUAAAGAAUAAACUAGAUGGGUUAAAAAGGCCAUUUAUUUUAUCAUAGGCAUAGACAGUAAUUUAAAAAACCGUGGAUUUAUUAUAGAGUAUUAUAUUAUAGUAAGUUUAUUUUUAUGAUAUUAUAAUAAUGUUCACAAAAUAAUUCCGACGUUAAAAUUCAAUCCGUGAGAAAUGGGUAGUUUAUGAGAUGAUUACCUUUAAUUGUAUGUUGCUGAUUAUAAUCAGAUACUCCAAAGUUCCAAAACUCAUUGUGAAACUGUU